CUCUCCGCCCAACAUGAUGACGAAAACAGGGCACUAAUGGCUAUUCGGGAUUGUGAACGUCAGUUUGCAGCGCAUCUGGCUGUAGCUUCGGAGAGGCACCGAGAGGGUGCUAGGAUGGUCAAAGGUCCGGAGGGUACCAUAGUCCCCGAUCCAGCUCCGGGUUCUAUCCUCUCCUCCUUCUCGUCACUUCUUUCCGAACUGCCACUUUAUCAGGGCUACGGGAUCAUCGGCCAACACGUUUCCAAGCCAGCAGAGAAUGCAGGCACUGAAACAACCCCUGCAGUUGCCUCGAUCAUAACCACACAGCCAGUGGACAAACCCCUGAAUCAGCUUGAUGCCGCUAUGCUGACUAAACUCUUUGAGGAGAUGACGUGCGGAACCUUCCUCCCUAGUAACUUGGACAACUUCUUUGGUGGUAUAGAGACACACAAGAAACUGAGCAUUGACAACAAAGGUAGGCAAUCAAUCACUUGGAAGAUAAGUCCAAUAAUUUUUUUCUUAAUGCAACUUUUUUGCAAAGAGCUCUUAUGGAAUGAAACAUAG